AUGGCCAACACCAACCCUACCAUGCCUAAGGUCUCUAACCUCCCCCCUGUCCCCGCCGGAGCCCGCUCAGGUUUCUUGUCCCCAACUAAGGAAGAAAUGCUCGCUGACCUUCGUCGCCAGCUCGACGACACCAACUCCGACGGCUCCUCCGUUGACUCCCGCGGCCGUCGUCGCCGCAGAAACAAGGGCGCCCUCCAGAAGCAGGGUGGUCUCACCGGCCCUCAGAUCCUUCCCCGCCUGGCCGACACCAAGCCCGUCCGUCUCCAGCUUGGCUUGAACCUCGAUGUCGAGGUCGAGCUGAAGGCUAGACUGCAGGGUGAUGUCUCGCUUACUCUUCUAGUCGAAAAGAAACAACAGCCACGACCGCAGUCAUCCACCCAACUCCACCUCAACUCAUUUACCCGCUCCGUCACCGUCAACGAAAUAUUCCACCUCCGGCUCGGCACGCUCCGCCUACGUCAACGCUGGCUCGACCAAGAGCUUGGGGUCAUGGUCAUGGUCAUGGUCAUGGCUAUGGCUGUGGGCGCAGAUGAUUUGGGACGUGGUGGUCAUCAACAACACCAUUUUGAUCUCUACGAUGGUUCCGGCAUGGACUACGACGAUGAUGACAACGUCAAUAAUGGAAAUGGCAUCGGCCAUGGUGGCAUCGACUACGACAACUUCUUGGUCUUACUUCCAUACCCUACUUCAGCAGGGCUUGACAUCUUCGACAUCGCUCGAACGGGUCGGCAUCAACAUCAUUGGAGUGGGGCUCAUGGGAUGAGUCUUCUGGGUCUUCUGAGUCUGAUCUGGCUUGGCCUGGGCAAAGGAAAGGGGAAGGGGAAACUAAGAAAGGGAACGAAAGGGUUUAUAAAAUGA